AACAUACCCUAUAAUUUAACAUCAUAAAAAUCCCUAAGAAAAGCACAUGUCAUAUCUUGGCAGUUAAAUAUUUACGUCAACCUAAAAAAGUUUCAAAAUCUAUCAAAAUGACGACACAAUUUGGUAUAUAUUUUGGUAAUACAACAAUUGCCUUAGCUUUCUAUAAAGAUGGAAAAACUGAGGUAAUAUCUAACGAUUCUGGUGAUCGAUUAACUCCUGCUGUGGUUGCCUACAAUCAAAAUGAAUUUAUUACCGGCAUGGCUGCAAAAGCAAGUUUAACACAUAAUGCAACUGGUACUGUAAUUAAUAAUAAACGAUUAUUUAAUGAUCAAUUAACUGAUGAAGAAUUAGAACAAACUGCAGUUGGAAUGCCUUGUGCAGUUACCGUGAAUAAUGGCAAUGUUACAUACACGUUCAAUAGUAGUAAUAAAUCCGCAACGCCCGACGAUAUUGCUACACAUUUAUUCAAAAAAAUGUAUUCGAUUGCAUUUAAUAUUGUACAGUCGAAUAAUAUUAAGGUUGUCGUAUCAGUUCCCUUAUAUUUUUCACAAUCCGUGCGUCAACGUGUCUGGGAUUGCUUAGAAAAUGCUGGAUUUAGUGUGUUACAAUUAAUAAGUGAACCUUCUGCAGCUGCAUUAGCUUAUCGAUUGGACGAGAGUGAUAAUUCAAAAGUAUUAGUUUAUCGUGUAGGUGGUGUGUCGUGUGACGCAACGAUUUUACAAAUACAUAACGGAUUAUAUGAAAUUUUAGCAACAGUGCAUUAUCCUAAUCUAGGCGGUAAUUAUUUUACAAAAUUAUUAGCUGAAUAUAUUGCAAAAGAAUUCUUUAAUCGUUGGAAAUUGGAUCCACAUGAAAGUAAGAAAUCCAUGUAUAAGUUAACACGACAUUCUGAAUUAGCUAAACAUAUUUUGUCGACAAAAACUUCUACUUCAUUAUUUAUUGAAUCGUUAUGUGAUGGGAUCGACUGGGAACAAAAUAUAACUCGGCCACGAUUUGAGAAUUUAAUUUCACCACAUAUGCAAAAAUAUAUUGAACCGAUUAAAGAAUGUCUAGCGAAAGCGAAUUUAACAUCAGUUACAAAAAUAAUUUUUUGCGGAGGCUCAACACGAAUACCGAAACUUCAGUCAGUAAUUCGAGGCUCGUUGUCAGCAGACAUUGAAGUAUUUGACGAUAAACCAGAUGAAAUUAUUGCAGAAGGUUGUGCUCGACAGGCAUCGUUGCUUGAAUCACCAUACGAUCAUGAUGAUUUAAGUUUAGAUGUACCACUAUUGGCAAAUGAUGUGUACGUUUGUGAUUCGAAUUCGAAAGUUGUUAAAGUACAUAUACCAAGUCGUACACCGUUACCAACGAAAAUUACAUUUACGGAAUCCGAUUCAAAAGCAUUUGAAUAUUCAAUAUUUGAAGGGAGCAUCGAAAAUGAUGAACAUAUUUUAGAUAAAAUUUCUUUUACGAAUGCCGGUUGCGAACAAUCUGCAGCUGAUUUUCAAGUUGUUAUUACACAAGAUAAAAUUACAAUGAACUUAAUUGAAACUUGUUAAAUCUUUUUAUCAAAUAAAAUGUUUUAAAGUUA